AUGAAGUUUUUUAACGGAUCAAGCUUUUCUAACUCCAACGGAUUUAUGGAUAGCAAGAAUCUUAAGAACUCAGCAAUAUUUUCUUUUGAUGAAGAGGAAAAGAAAACUGCAAGCAGGAGUUUUUUAAGUUCAUUAUUAUCUAAACGUAUGGUUAUACCUAUGUUGGGUGUUCUCUAUGUUGUCUUAUUGAACGUAUGUUUACAUAAUGGUAGUAAUACCUCCACAAAUGUACAAUUUAAUAACAACGUAGGAAAAAGAAUUUUAUCAGAAGGACAAUCUACAGAUGAAUAUAGUGAAUCCAGUUCUGAAUAUGUUGAAAAUCCUGUUAUAGGUAGUACUUUUAUGUUACCAAAUGAAAACCGAUUAAAUACCAUUGGUAAUUUAUUUGAAGGAGAAAAAUAUAAUAUAUUAGAAGAUACACAGAAAUUAAUUGAUGAUAUAAAUAAAUUUAGAUAUAACAGUAACUAUAGUCCAAUACCAUAUCCUGAACAAUACAAUCCUGUUGAUUAUAACAAAGCUGAUUUUGUAUUAGAUAAAUAUAUUGAUAACUUAGGAUACUGUAAAGGAGAUACUAUUAAAGCUAUGGAAAUUAUAUGGGAAGCUACCAUGAACAAUGAAAGGAGAAAAUAUGCUGCCACUAAACGUAGCAUGCUCAGAUAUUAUGAUGAUUUAAAACGUAAAAGAAUAAUAAGACCUAAAACUUAUACAAACAAAUUGAAUAGUUGUAAUCAAAUUAUGGAAAGCUCAGAAAAAAAAAUUGAAUCACAUUUAAGUGAAAUGUUCAAUAAAUGGUUUAAACAAAAAAGUUUAUUCUUAGAUGAUUUCAAUAGAUUCAUUACUGCAUGCAGAAUCGGAUGGAAAACCGUAUCUAAUGCUGUACAACACCAAUGUGAUACUAUCAUGCGUAGUAAAAAUUUUAUUGAUAUAUAA